CGAUAUUCUGGCCAAUCAACCACUCACGAUUCCUGCUAAUAAAAAUACGACCAGCGUGAAGAGGUCUGUGUCAUUUGGUGGUUUCUGGUGUUCUUUAAAGACUUUUUAGAAGGUGGCUUGUCUGCUGCCAAGACCGCCUUCAAGAUGUUGAAAGUCCACUGCAGUUUGAUGUUGACCACCUGGAUGAUGAUGUCGUGGGCUCCCCAAAUGACUAUCAGUAAGAGCUUCGAAGAUGUUCGCUGUAAAUGCAUCUGCCCUCCAUAUAGGGACAUAAGUGGCCAUAUCUAUAACAAGAAUGUAUCUCAGAAGGACUGCAAUUGCCUACACGUGGUGGAGCCCAUGCCUGUACCAGGAAAUGACGUAGAAGCCUAUUGCUUGCUGUGUGAAUGCAAAUAUGAGGAAAGAAGCAGCACCACCAUCAAGGUAACAAUAAUCAUAUACCUGUCGGUGGUGGGGUCCUUGCUUCUGUACAUGGCAUUUUUAUUAGUGAUAGAUCCUUUCAUCCGGAAGCAUGAUUCCUACACUCAGCCCCUACAAAACGAGGAGGAGAAUGAGGAUGUUCGCCCCUUUAGGGCUCAAACUCAAGCACGUGUCAACUCUGUCCUGGAGAGAGUAGAAGGGGCUCAACAACGUUGGAAAAGACAAGUUCAGGAGCAGAGGAAGACUGUCUUUGACCGUCAUAAGAUGCUGAGCUAGAGUGCAAGCAGUGAUAUCACUGUUGCCCUUCAGGCCAAUGAAGCUUUCAGCUGGAAAAGGCCUAGUUUCUUUAACUGCUUAGUGGAACUUCACUCUUCCAGCAGGGUUGUAUCAUACUAGCGCCACUUUGUGUAAAUUUUUAAAACUCUGAGAUGAAGGCCUAUUCUAGGAUCCCGGAACUGCAUCUUUGUUAACAUACACUCAGAUAGUCUGGGAUAUAACACUAUAACAAAUUAGAAAACUUAAACAAAAAGAUUGUUAAGGUUAGUCAGAUUGAGUAUAAAUAGAGUAAGUGUAUCAUAUGUGUUACAAUUCUGUUAAUUUAUAUAAUCUUCUAAAACUUGUACUGUAUGUCUCUGCAUGUGUCUUGGGGUGCCUAAGCCUGGAUCUAUGAAACUAAUCUUAAACCAGAAUCAAUGCAGUAUCUCUUUUCACUAUAUACUUAGGCUGUCAGUAUUCAGGGCCCUGCUUCUACUGUAUCAAAAUCUAUCUUAAGAGACUGCACAUUGUAACAGUUCUAUCUGUAAGGUGAUCAUUAAGACAGUCAGGCCAUCUUAUAAGCACCCAUGUUUUUAAUAUCUGAGUAAGUCUGGGCUUCAGAACUGUGCUUUGCCUGUAAAAGUUAACAAUCCGCUGACUAACAUCUCUGCCCGUCCAGAUGUCCAAAUUAGAAAAAAAUACUUAAUAAUUUCUGAAUUUUCUCACUGCUUGAUGCUUUCGUCUUUUGAAAGUUUUCUUUUUUCCAAAAGUGGUAAUAAUAAUUUCUGUAAUGAGUGCUACCAUGCUUUUGUUAAUAAUUAUUUGUGGAUGAUAAUGAUCCAUUAAUUUUAUGUACUCUGUUUAUCACUGGGUGACAGGGCAAUGAUAAUAAUAUCUUUUGAGAACGAGGCACAAAAAAUAAACCAGCCCUAUGUUGGGGUAUUAUGCAUCAUAAGGCAAA